GCCUGCCGGGCGAGCUCCGCGAGGCGGCACGCGGGAAGGCAGGGCCCCCGGCCGGCGUGCGGAGUGGACCGGCGCGAGCGGGCGCGAGCGGAUGCUUCCGAGGGCCCCGGGUUGCAAGCAGGGACGGCGGGAGCGAUGUUGCUGGCGGCGCGGGCCGAGUACCUCGCGCCCUGGUGGACAUCGUGGCUGCACGGGCUCCCCCAUUUGAGCUUCAGCCUGCGACCCGUGCCCAGCGCCUUCCGGCCGAGGGACGACGACUACCAGCAGUCCUUGAUCCUCUUGGCUCUGACUGGAGUUCUCUUCUUGGGUCUCAACCUGGUUUUCCUUGGCAUCUAUCUCAUCAGCCUAUCUUGCUGCAAGAAGGAAGAAGAGUCGGAGACUAAGAAACCCAAUUCUUGUUGCAUCACCUGGACUGCUGUGGUAGCUGCUCUCAUGUGUUGUGCGGCUGUUGGCAUUGGGUUUUAUGGCAACAGCGAAACCAACGAUGGGAUUUAUCAGCUGAUCUACGCCCUUGAUAAUGCUAAUCACACCCUCUCAGGGGUUGAUUCACUGGUCUCAGGAACUAAGACACAGAUGAAAAUAGUUCUGGAGCAACAUUUGGCUCGCCUGAAUGAAAUCUUUGCAACCCACAGUGAAUAUGUACAAACGCUCAAAUUCAUGCAGCAGAUGGCAGACAAUAUUGUGCUGCAGCUGUCGGGGCUUCCUGUGUGGAGUGAUGUCACUGUAGACUUGUCCAAGAUUGCCAAUGAUGUCAGCUAUGUAGAAUAUUAUAGAUGGCUCUCUUACCUCUUGCUGUUCAUUCUGGACUUGGUGAUUUGCCUUAUUGCGUGCCUGGGGCUGACUAAGCACUCCAGAUGUCUGCUUAUUACGAUGCUGUGCUGUGGACUUUUCACACUUUGUCUCAGCUGGGCUUCCUUUGCAGCAGAUGUUUCAGCAGCAGUGGGCACCAGUGACUUUUGUGUGUCCCCAGACAAAUUCAUUGUGAAUAUGACAAAAAGUGACCUCACUUCAGAAAUUGUAGAGUACUACCUGUAUUGUAGACAGAGUCUGACCAACCCCUUUCAACAGGCCCUGACUAUUUACCAGCGUUCUCUUACAACUAUGCAGAUCCAGAUUCACGGUCUUGUGCAAUUUGCAGUGCCUUUUUUCCCUACAGCCAAAACAGAGCUGCUUGAUAUACAGAAGUUACUGAACUACUCUGAAAUCAACCUCCACCAGCUGACUGCCAUGCUGGACUGCAGGGGCCUUCACAAGGAUUACCUGGAUGCCUUGGUUGGGAUCUGCUACGAUGGGGUGGAAGGCUUGCUCUACCUCACCCUCUUCUCUCUGAUGGCUGCUGUAUCCUUCACCACCAUCAUAUGUGCCGUGCCUCGAGCCUGGAAACAUUUAGCCAGCAGGGAUCGGGAUUAUGAUGACAUAGACGAAGAGGACCCCUUCAACCCACAGGCUCGACGUAUUGCUGCCCACAAUCCCAACCGCGGGCAACUCCGUAGUUUCUGUAGCUACAGUAGCAGCCUGGGCAGUCAGACAAGCCUUCAGCCUCCUACUCAAACCAUCUCCAAUGCACCAGUGUCUGAGUACAUGAACCAAGCUGUGCUCUUUGGUGGGAAUCCACGGUAUGAAAACGUCCCCCUGAUUGGAAGAGGAUCACCUCCCCCCACGUAUUCUCCAAGUAUGCGAGCCACCUAUCUUGCGGUUAAUGAUGAUUUCCGGCGACAGCCUAGCAACGAAUUUCCAGCCUAGCACUCAGAUCGUAGAGAAGAAACCACCCACAAUGCUAUAGUGAAACCCAAUAAUAACUGAAGGCACAUAGACUGCUGGGAGUAAGAUUGCUUCCCUAGCAAACUGGUCAGGUGUUCAAAGGUGUGGAAAACAGAUCAGCUGAAGAAAACUCCUGCUGGUAAUCCAGGUACUCUUCAAGGAUGUGUGCUUGAUUGGCAGUUUUUCUUCUUCCAAUAUUACGUCUUCCUUCGUUGCAGACCCAGGAUGGUACCCGGAUCCUCCAUCCAAUGAGCUAAGGGCCAGAGGUCUAUUGAUUUCCUGUCACUACUGCAGUGGCCUCCCCAAACUUUGUUCUCUUAUAUUGGGGAAGCAGGGAGAUGUGAAAUUAGAAUAAGGCCUGCCAUGGGUUUGCAAUUAAUGCUAUAAGUCCUGUUUCCUUUUCUUCUGCACCAACUUCGGAGCAGUUUUGUUCAUCCCUGAUAGGGCGGUUCUGUCUUCCUUUUUGUUUUAUUAGGGCAGAUAAUAAGACCAGUACACUGUACAAGUAAAGUGAACAAUGGUGUACAAUGCUAACCUCAGAGAAAUGGGGCAGGGAAUUGCCAUGAAAGAAGAUGCGCCUCACUCCAGAAUCACAUGCAAUGCUGACAGAAGAGUGAAUUUUUAGUGUCCUCUGAAGAGGCCUCUGCACAGAACUUACUAUUGGCUUGGCAGUGUAUCAUCCAUCAUCCUUUUUGAUAGAACUUGUUUGGUAUUUUGUGAUACAAAAAUCCAUGCACAAUAUUACCGCUUGUCACUCACUCUUUUGCAUCAAGAACUCACAUGAACUUCACCAAUUCCUGUUGUGGUGGCCUCAGGUAUUAUUUAGAACAAAUGUCUUUUUUGUUCUAUUACAUCCUUUAUUUGCUUUGCUAUUUUUUUUAGUCUAUGUUUUAUAUUAGCUACCCAAAGAACAUAAUUUUUGUGUCUGUUUUUAUAGUUUUCUGAUUUCGGCACUGAUUUCCCUCUCCCGGCAAAAGGGAAGUAAAAGUAAAAGCAAGAAUUAACCUUCCAAGAUAAUGUAUUUGUGUGGCAAAUGCUGACAUAUUUCAAAAUACAUUUUUCUUACUUUGUGAGGAAAUCAAAAAUACCAGGGAAUGCUGGAUUGGGCUGGAUUGGCUACUCUAAUACACAGGUAGUGUUGAAAAGGACAGUACAGUUUCUUCAGAAUAAUGUCUUGCUUUCUCCAUCCAUGAAAGAACUGUAAUAUCAUGAAAUUAGGAACUGUUCAUAACUUCCAUUGUCACUUGCAUACAUUUGGGUCUUGUAAGGGCAAGUCCUAACACUGGGCAAAGUGAGUCAAGUUUCAGGUUCCCCAGAUCAAGACUAGAGAGAAGUCCCCAGCUUCACACAGCUUGACGGGACUGCUAGUCAGUCCUAAACUUGGCAGAAAUCUUUCAGAUACUCAAUCUAAUUUUUUAAGAUUCCUCCUUGCAAACUAAACUGAACCCAGACUGCUGUAAGCAGUCAGCUUCCCUCUGUCACUCUGAGAGUGUAGUUUCUUUCUCAUAGCCACUGCUGUUCUUUCUGCCCUUCCCACUGUUUUUUAUCCUGCUCUUCAUGUCCUUGAAGUAGAACAGUUGUUGACGUAUCUGUCCUGAGAACUGCUGGCUCUCAUUUUAUCUCAGCCACCAGGAGAUGAGCAAUGACAAAAUGCUGGAGGUUAAAACAGUGCCAGGCAGUCUGUCCUUUGUCUCAGCAGCCAUUUUCAACUACCAGUGUUAAGAUGUCUUUUCCAGUCUAGUCACCAUUUGUAUGAGCAGUCACAGCAGGAGAUACCAUCAUAUCAUUCUCUCAGGUAACAAAGAUCUUGUGGGCUUUUCUGAAACAGAAUCAGAUUCUUGUUAUCUAUUAUUGGAGGGAGAAAGUAAAAGAAAUAGUAACAUUUGGACAGGAGGGAUUCCAAGGAGAUGAGAAGCACUGAAGGAAGGAAAUCAAAGUACAGAAUAUCAAAUUGAAGAAUCAAAGCCUCUUACAGGUCUGAUUUCAACUUUUGCCAAAAGCAGCUCCUUUUAAAGUUAACAAGUGACAUUUUCUUGGGUUAUGCUAAAUUUUCCCAAAUGAGUUAGCUUACCUUUUUCUACUUAGGCAUAGUUGGAAGUGAAAGCAAUAUGUGAGCUCUCUCUUGGAAAUAUAAAACAGGUGGAUUUCCUCAACUUAAGUCUCUGUUUUAAUUUGUAUAUUGUAUUGUUUUUAUAAUCUGGCUGUACACCGCCCUGAGUCCUUCGGGAGAAGGGCGGUAUAAAAAUCCAAAUAAUAAAUAAAUAAAUAAUAAACUAAGUUCAAAGAACUCAGAAUAUCUUCGCAGGCUGCUGAAAAUGCGUGUUUCCAGUGGUGUCAACAUAAUAUUUGGACAAUUUGCACAUCGUUCAAAAUUGCCACCGACAACCACAACAGUGAUAACAACUGCAAAAGUAGAGAGUUGCCCUCCAAGAUGCAUAAUGUGACAUGGAGAUUUUUAAUUACUUGACAACAAUUACAUACUGUGUCUUUCUAUCGAGGAUAACUUGUACCUAUCACGUACGGCAACAUAAUUUAUAUAUCCAUCUUAUAUGUGAUUGGCUACAUUUUUAAGGCAGAGGGAGAAGAGAAUCUUAAUUUUAUGCUAUGAGUAAUGCUAUUGAUAACAGUACAAUUAAAAUUGUUUUUUUUUUCAACAAACAAAAAAUGCAUGUGAAUUAACUAUCACAAGCUACUUCAGAGCUGUGCCUGAUUUAUAUGUACUGACUGGGAAACUGAUAAUAAACACAUACUAAAAUAUGAA